CAACACGCCAGUCCUUUCACCUAGCCUACCAUGACAUCCCAGGAAACCUCCGAUCUUCUAUCCGACACCGAUUACUUGGCAUUCGUUGCCCGCGCUCUCGACGAGGUCAACGAUGCAGAGAAAAGCCAAAGAAAGCUGCAGGAACGAAAGCGUCACGGCGAGGCAGCCAUCUUGGACAGCCUUGCCUAUCUAGCGGUUUGCAAGCCGGAAAAACAGGUCGUUGCCACAGCUGCUCUGCUUCGAAAGGAAGACGCCGGCCUCAGAAUCCUGGUUGCAGAGAAUGGGGAAGCGACUGAGGGUGUGGUUGAGCAUCUGCAGAACGUCUUGAAACUCCUCGCCCUCAUUCGCGAACAGGCUGAGCCUUUCUUGCCGGAAGGCAGCCGAUCUCCCCGUGUUCAAAGGUGGAUCGCAGACGACUCCCCUAUCCCUUAUGAGCAAUCCCUUAUCAAUCUAGAGGUUCUCGUAAUUAGGCACUCGUGGAAGAAGCUAGGGCAACGCUCUACGAAAGAUUGUCGACACGCCAACGCUAUCGAUACCGCCAACGAUGUGUGCAAUCCUGACGCCCUAAACAGCGUCGACAGCACUCUCCGAUCAUGCUUACAGCAGGUCCAGGCUGUAACAGAAGCUGAACGCAAAAAAAUCUCGGCCAUGCCAGUAGCGCUCGAGGCACUAGCUUGGACGCUAGAUGUGGAAACGCCAAACGACGCUGAAGUCAAGAGAGUUCGUAAGCUGCUAAUGCAGCUCGAUAAUUUCAGAACGACCUUUGAAGCAAAGGGAGACUUUCUCCAAAACUGGAAUAACUAUACCCGCCUCCAACUAAUAUCGGAGGGAAAGACGGUUAGGAAGCGCCCCGACCUGAUUCGCUGGUUAUCCAAGUUGACUUCAAACCGACGCCAUUACCACCGCUUGGCAGACAUCACAAUAUCGAACACGCUAUCAGCAACCCUACUGGCCAACCACCCCGUCGUUGUAUCUGUACAGAAUCCACUUCCUCGCCCUAGACCCUUCACGGUUGACGAUCACCAAAUGGGAGUAAUACUAAAAGGCGCUGAAUGCAAGAUCGAGCCAGAACUUGGGGUCGUACGCGGAUUCAUAGAGAAACUCGCGAAGCUGCGUAACCGCCCUGUGACCGACGGACAACUUACGUUCGAAGGGCCAGCUCCCGUUCACUGCGAGUGCAAGCUGCUCGCUGCUAUCCACAGCCGCACAGCGAUACAGUACAUCGGCGUUUCGAAGCCCCCGUGCGCACUUUGCGACAUCUACUUCGAGGCUUAUCGACAGGCGACAAAUACACAUAUCAAGUUCACGAGCGGCAGCCGCAGCCGGACCUCUCCGUGGACAUGUCCACAGGUCGGAGAACCCGUGCUCCUCGACUCCACCAUCGAGGAGCGCGUUCGCUCGCAGCUUCUGCGUAAGAUCAACAGGGGCUGGGACCUAUUCAUCCGAGCCUUUUUAUCAUCAUCGCAGAGCACCGAUGCGUCCGAGGAUAACACGGGACUGUGGUUUGGGACAGACUACGAUGCAGAAGCAGCCGCGGAUGAAAUUAUCACCGAGAUGCAAGCGCUGCCCCAACGGGUGAUACGCCGAGGAUGA